AUGUUAGAAGCGUUCCUCUCAAAUAGUUUUAACAAAAAGGACAAUUUUCCAACUGUAUCCUAUGAAAUGGGAUGUGGACUAUCGAGACAAGAAGAAAUAGUGGCUGCACCACAAAAAAAUGAAACUGAUGCUCCACAUCAACCCAUUCCGCCCCAGGUUGUCACGACCGCGGCAGUAGAAAGUAAAGAGGAGAACGGAGUCGUUGCGACAACUAUGGACGAGUUGAAUGCAAACUACAUGAUUAUACGAUUGUUACUUCUAGGAGCUGCUGAAUCUGGAAAAACGACACUACUUGAACAGAUUCGACUACUAUACAAACAAAAUUAUUCUGAAACUGAGUUUAUGCAUAGGAAAGCUUUUAUAUAUAAUAAUAUAUUAAUAUCUAUACGCAAACUCAUUCAACGUAUGAAGGACACCGAUACAGCAUAUGAAAAUCCUGAUACAGCUCGUUAUGCGGAAAAGAUCAUGGCAGAAGAGGAAACACAAUUUUCGUGUUUCACUAUGGAUAUUGCGGACGCUAUCCAACGAGUUUGGAAAGAUGGAGCCGUUCAGAAACUCUACGAAAGGAGGAGUGAGAUCAAUUUGAACGACAGUUCUAAAUAUUUCUUGGAAAAUCUCUCCAGUAUUAACCGACUGGAUUUCACGCCAUGUCCUCGUGACUUGAUAAUGAGCUACGUGCCAACUGUUGGAGUACAAAAUGUGAUUUUUUCCGUUGAGAACAGGGUAUUUCAAUUAUUCGAUAUUGGUGGCCAACGGAUAGACAGACGAAAAUGGGCAAUGAUGUACGAUGGGAUUGAUGCAAUAUUUUUCUGUAUUGCUAUAUCGGAAUACAAUCAAACAAUGAUAGAGGAUCCUGAGGCGAAUCGACUCGAAGAUUCACUCUCGCUGUUGGAAAAGAUCAGUCAUGAACCGAAAUUUGGAAACACACCUCUUCUACUUUUCCUUAACGAAAUCGAUGUGUUUCGGGAGAAACUACCUCUUAUCCCAUUAGAAGAAUAUUUACCGGAAUACAAAGGUAGCAACGCGGACGAUGGAUUAGACUUUAUCGAAGGGUUGGCAAAAAAAGCAAUGGCAGGACGUGAUGAAUCGUUGAUGCGAAUCUAUCGAACUUGCGCUAUCGAUACGGAUGAAAUGAGUAAAAUUCUUGAGAAUGUCUUUAGAACGGUCCUGAAAGUUAUAUGA